GGGCACCCAGAGGGGAAGGUCCCAGGUUCAAACCUCUGCCCAGUGCUGAGUGGCUGAUCUCAGCCCCGCAUUAACAGUGUUACAGUAACAGCCGGGCUGGGUGGAGUGCCUCCUGUUUGUGUAAUUACCACUGUCAUUCAGAACAAACUUGUUAGAUUUAGCAAUUUAAUCCCAUUUCUGUAGAAUAUUUAUGUAAAAGAGAAUUUAUAAACACUUUGAUUUGCUUCUAAAUAAUGAAUAAUAAUCGCCAAGAGUAUAACUGUACAUACUGUCCCAACUCACUGUGGACUGCCCUCACAUGGGCAGGAGAUCAGGAGCAGGAGCAGGGAGUGAGGGGAGAUGGGAUGCUGGGUGAGGAGAUGGGGUAAUGGGUGAGGAUGUGGGAUAAUGGGUGAGGAGAUGGGGCAAUGGGUGAGGAGAUGAGGUAAUGGGUGAGGAGAUGGGGUAAUGGGUGAGGAGGUGGGGUAAUGGGAGAUGGGGUAAUGGGUGAAGAGAUGAGGUAAUGGGUGAGGAGAUGGGGUAAUGGGUGAGGAGAUGAGGUAAUGGGUGAAGAGAUGAGGUAAUGGGUGAGGAGAUGGAGUAAUGGGUAAGGAGAUGAGGUAAUGGGUGAGGAGAUGGAGUAAUGGGUGAGGAGAUGAGGUAAUGGGUGAAGAGAUGAGGUAAUGGGUGAGGAGAUGGGGUAAUAGGUAUGGAGAUGGAGUAAUGGGUGAGGAGAUGGAGUAAUGGGUGAGGAGAUGAGGUAAUGGGUGAAGAGAUGAGGUAAUGGGUGAGGAGAUGGAGUAAUGGGUAAGGAGAUGAGGUAAUGGGUGAGGAGAUGGAGUAAUGGGUGAGGAGAUGAGGUAAUGGGUGAAGAGAUGGGGUAAUGGGUGAGGAGAUGGAGUAAUGGGUGAGAACAUGGAGAUGGACAGUUAGCGAGUGUGUGUCAGGAGUUACUGUUUGGUGCGUGUAGUGGAAAUGUCUGCUCACAUCCAUGGAUUGAUGCUAACAUCUCUCUCAUUGCCUCUUUUUUUUCCGAUCACUGUGCAUGCGUGUGCUGCUCUGUCUCGAACUGCAUCCGGCGUCAAACAGGACGGUGAGCAAACUGUACUUUUCAGUAGUUUAGGGGAACUCAACACCAUCUCCCAGCGGACAUUCGGGGCGACCUUCACCAUCCGCCCAGGAACCAGGCACCCGGUCAGCCGGCGGACUCCCAGCCCCGGCAAAGCCACACUGGAAACAAGGACAGAGCUGGUCAGCUCCCCCCGGCCCCCCACCCUGCCCAGCCCCACCCAGACACCCCCCACCAUCCUCAAAUCCUCCAGCCUCAACAUCCCCCACGAGCCCAAGGAAGUGCGCUUUGUGAUGCGCAGCUGCAGUGCCCGGAGCCGCUCGCCCUCGCCCUCGGGAGCCCCCAUGCAUUCCUUGCUGCCCCCUAAACCCUUCUGUCAGAAGCCUGUGGCCAUGUGGAACAAGUACGAUGUGGCCGACUGGCUGGACAACCUGAACCUGUCCGAGCACAGGGACAGCUUCCUCCACAACGAGAUUGAGGGCUCCCAUCUGCCCGCUUUGACCAAGGAGGACUUUGUGGAGUUGGGAGUCACACGGGUCGGGCACAGGAUGAACAUGGAGCGGGCACUGAAGCGUCUAUUGGAGAGUUAGCUCACCCCGGGGGAGGGGGGAGGGAGGGGGUAAUC